AUGGCGCACAAAAAGAUGCUUAGAAGAUUGAUGGUCCAUGACAUCCAGCGAAUUCUUUUGUGGAUGUUCAAUUUGCGUAAGAGGCCGUCAUUCCUGCCUCUGAAGACAUCUGAGCGGCCCACAACAGCCAUCAUGGUAAAGAUGAGGGACACACCUAUAAACAUUGCAAAGCUUAUAUCAAAGCUCAGAAUAAGAAAUCCGGUGCUGAUCAACGAAAGGAUUCCGUUUGACAUGUUGUUUGACUGCAUACUAAGAGAGGGGAAGUAUGAAGAUAUCCAGCCUUCCCUCGACUGUGUAUCUGCUGAGAACCUGAGCCUUGUUCCAAUGGCAGACUUCAGGACGGUUCAGUGCUCAGGGAUAUUUGUACCAGAAAAAACACCUCGAAUGGAAAUUGACAUGCAGAAAUACAACGAGUCCCAGCAGAUGUCUGCACAUGACAUCCUUGCAUUGGAUGUUGAGAAGGUCAAAACAAGCCAAGGAAAAGAACUAGGGCGGGUUUCACUUGUUGAUGGCAGUGGAAAAGUGAUCUACGAUAAGAUAAUCAAGCCAAGGAGAGGCGUUAUUGACUACUUGACAAAAUACAGCGGGCUUACAAAAGAGAUUGUGGAUAAAGGCAUAGAUGCAGAAAUAUGCAAGGAAGAGGUACUUGGGCUGAUUGGAGUCAACACUAUUAUUGUUGGGCAUGGGAUUGAAAACGAUUUAGAGUCUUUACAGCUGUACCACAGUAAAAUAAUAGACACAGCACAUUUAUUUUCAAGUCCUGAAGGAAGGAAAAUAUCACUGGACGAGCUUUCGAAAAAAUACCUUAAAAAGUCGAUUCACAGUAGCACGCACGACUCCACAGUAGAUGCACUCACGUGCCUGGAGCUUCUAUCGAUCAAGAUCCAGCAUGUUUUUAGACUUUUAAAUCCAGAAACACAAGGCAUUAGCAUAAAUGCAAGAAUUUGCAACAUGCACAUAGAAGAUCUUGCUGGCGAAAUAGAAAAAGGAUUGCUUGGUAUGGUUGCCACUGACUGCAAAAACAUUGAAAAGCAUAUGAACAUCCACAAAAAAAGAAAAGACAUAUUGUGGAUGCUUAUGUAUGAGGCAGAUGGCAAGGCAUACAUUGGCUUCUAA